GCGGCCGGGGCCGGGGCGGCCAAGGAGAUCCCCAAGGUGCUGGUGGAUCCGCGCACCCGCCGGAGCUACAUGCGCGGCCGCUUCCUGGGCAAGGGCGGCUUCGCCAAGUGCUACGAGAUCACGGAGCUGGAGGGCCAGGCGGUGUUCGCCGGCAAGAUCGUGCCCAAGGCGCUGCUGGCCAAGCCGCACCAGAAGGAGAAGAUGUCCAUGGAGAUCUCCAUCCACCGCAGCCUGGCGCACCGCCACGUGGUCGGCUUCCAGGGCUUCUUCGAGGACAGCGACUUCGUCUUCGUGGUGCUGGAGCUCUGCCGCCGGAGGUCCCUGUUGGAGCUGCAUAAGCGGAGGAAAGCAUUGACAGAGCCCGAAGCGCGGUACUACCUGCGGCAAACAAUCCUGGGCUGCCAGUAUCUGCACGGCAACCAGGUCAUUCACAGGGACCUCAAGCUGGGCAACCUCUUCCUCAACGAUGACAUGGAGGUGAAAAUAGGUGACUUUGGCUUGGCAACCAAAGUAGAAUAUGAUGGUGAGCGUAAGAAGACCCUGUGUGGGACGCCAAACUAUAUAGCUCCUGAAGUGCUGGGCAAGAAGGGACACAGCUUUGAAGUGGACAUUUGGUCCAUUGGCUGCAUUAUGUACACUCUCCUGGUAGGGAAGCCACCCUUUGAAACCUCUUGUCUAAAAGAAACAUACAUCCGAAUUAAGAAGAACGAGUAUAACAUCCCCAAGCACAUCAACCCCGUAGCUGCUAAUCUCAUCCAGAAGAUGCUGAGAUCUGACCCUGCCACCCGCCCUACUAUUGACGAACUGUUGAAUGAUGAGUUCUUCACAUCAGGUUACAUCCCCACCCGGUUGCCCACCACCUGUCUAACCAUCCCACCUAGGUUUUCAAUUGCCCCCAGUGGAUUUGACCCAAGUGGACGGAAACCUCUUAUCGCUCUCAACAAAGGCCUGGACAGCCCUGCCUUAGAUAAAGCCCAUGAAAAGGAAGACGAAGCAGCAUUGCGGGAGCUGGGAGAGCCUGUCGACUGCCACCUAGCUGACAUGUUACAGCAGCUGAGCGUGGCCAAUGCAGCGAAACCCUCGGAGAGGGCAGUAGUGAGACAAGAGGAGGCUGAGGAUCCUGCUUGCAUACCCAUCUUCUGGGUUAGUAAAUGGGUGGACUACUCGGACAAGUAUGGAUUAGGCUACCAGCUGUGUGAUAACAGUGUUGGGGUUCUCUUCAAUGACUCCACCCGUCUCAUUAUGUACAACGAUGGGGACAGCCUACAGUACAUUGAGCAAAACAACGCCGAGUCCUACUUCACUGUGAGAUCAUACCCCUCGACGUUGACUAAGAAGAUAACACUAUUGAAAUACUUCCGGAACUACAUGAGUGAGCACCUGCUAAAGGCUGGAGCCAACAUCACGCCCCGAGAGGGGGAUGAGCUGGCACGGCUCCCCUACCUCCGCACCUGGUUCCGGACUCGCAGUGCCAUCAUUCUGCACCUGAGCAACGGCACCGUGCAGAUCAACUUCUUCCAGGACCACACUAAAAUCAUCCUGUGCCCCUUGAUGGCGGCGGUCACCUACAUCGAUGAGAAGCGGGACUUCCGCACAUACAAGCUGAGCCUGAUCGAAGAGCACGGCUGCUGCAAGGAGCUGGCCAGCCGGCUACGCUACGCCCGCACCAUGGUGGAGAAGCUGCUCAGCUCCAAGUCUGGCUCAGCCCGCAUGAAGCCCUCUGCUUAGAACCCAGCUGUAAUGGACUCAGUGUCUGUGCCAAACUGUUACAGCCUCGAACGGAGGGGCCUCUGCAAUGCCCUCCAGUCAAACUGUAACCUCCCACUAGCUGGCCACCUCUCUGCUGCCAGCUGCACUGGGGCCACAGGAGGGGCCGCUGCUGAGGAAAUGUCUUUAUGCCAUGGCCAGACUGGCCCCUCAGCACCGAUUAGAAAGUUGAUUUUAUUGAAUAUUUAGUUUUUCUAACUGUCAGAUCCCCCCAGCCCUUGUUCUACGGCCUUGACACAGCCUCCUGGAGAACAGAGCAUGGGCAGGGCAGAGUUCUGUAAGUUAUUUGUAUGUUUGUGAUGCUCUGGGGCUCCCUUCCCUCUCCUGUAGUGACUGUAAGAUAUUUAAUGUGCUCAUAUGCUGACUCUGAGCAAUCAGCCUUUUAAUAUUGAAACUAAUCUGCACCAAAUUAAACUCUUGUAUAUUACGUAACUUGAUUAAAGAUUGGUCUCUGUAGCCCCUCCCUCCCACAUCACCUGCAGUGCCCCCUCUGGAUGAAGGGCUUUGCCUGGCCCAGGGGGGAGACUCUAAGUAUGGGGUAGAAGGAAGUUUUCCCACUCUGCUGUGUUCCAUCUCUAACAUGGGAGGUAGGGAGGACUCACCAGUACGUGAUCUGUUAAUGCAGUCUGUAAAGAAUCCCCAGUUUUUCCAGGCAGCUGCUGUGUAAUUCUGUGAUGUGCUCUCCACACACUGUGGGAGCUUUCCAGCCUGCAGUGCCCAUCCAGUCUGUGCACAUACCUGCCUGCUCCAAUCAAAGCUAGUGAAGGGCCAUCUGCCUUUCUUCACCCUGUGGGGGGGACUCCCCCUGCAUGCUGCAGCAGUCCUGGGGGGGUCAAGACAAGCACCCUGCAGUGUAUGCAAGAAAGGCCAGGACUGCAGUUAGUUCUUGGACAGACAUGUAAGUGAGGUAGUUCUCGCCCUCUAGGCACUGUGGUGGCCGUUGUAUUUCUGGUGUCUGUUCCCAUAAGAACAGGAAGAGGCCCUGCCUCACCUCUUGUGGCUGUGUUGCAGGAGUAACAAAUGAUCUGUCCCCUCCUCCCACAGGGGGUUUUAGAAGGGACAGGGGCUCUCCUAGUCUUGCAUCCCCUUGGCUUUGGCCCUUGCUGUGCCUGUAGCCCAAAGCAUGGCUUCUAGGAGCUCCACUGUUCAGCUGUAGGACAAGGCCCUGGUACCUCUCAAAGAACUCACCAUCACCUGCUUGGCCUGGUGCUGGGUGCUCUGACUCAGUAACAGCUGCAGGGAGGGUUUUGAUCUUCCCCUAUUAAGGUGCAGUAUUGGGCUCUGUGGGGUGGAGGGCAGCACCUCAGCAGGGAGCCCCUCUGCCCAUUUGAAGCCAACCUGAGUAAUUCUCUCCCCUACCCCCCUUCCCUUGGGGAACUGAGUUACAGGUUUUGUCUUUUCCUUGCCUAACUCUGCUGUUCAGGGGCAAGGGGUGAGGUCUGUACCAUGCUUUAGGAUGAAGGCUCAUCCCUGAAGAAUCUGUGCAGGGCAGGACUCUCUAUGAGGUGAUCACUGCCCCUUCCUGCUGUCUCCACAGGCAAGAUUGGGGGAGUUCUGCCCUAGGGACAGGAACUGCUCUACCUCACACAUCACCUCCAAUUCCUCCAAGCUAACAGUGUAGAAAACAUGGAGCUGUCUCCCCCAGCAGAGUGAGACAGUGCUCCUCAGAGCUUGAAAUGGAUAUUAAAUAUCCCCUACAGCUGGGACUAGUUGUAACCCUGCACAGCCUGGCAUCAGUACUUCAGGGGCUGGGUGCUGCCCCUUGAAGCCCUGGGGAAGCUACAGACUGAUUUCCCUGCAUGCACAGGAAUCUUCUAUAACUGCUGAGGGCAGUGCUGGGUCAGCCAUGCACAGCCUCCACUGUAGAGGGAGCUCUGCCUGGGGAAGUGAUGCCAGCUGUUGCCCAUGGAAGCUAGCAAUGCCAGCACAAGGCCUUCAGCUUGUUAGGCAGCAUCAACCUGCAGUUCAAAAAAAAUCUCACUGCAUUCAUCACAGAGCCAGGAAAGCUAGAUUAUUAACCCACCAGUAGGAGGAAACAGCUUCCUCUGAUGUCUUUUAAAGGGCCAGUGUUCUUCUCGCCCACCCCCAAAAUCCAAUCUGCCCCGAGGGAAUCUGAGCAUGCCCUGAAAACAGGAGCAGUGCAUCUGCCUUAUCUCAGUGAGAUGGUUUAGAGGGGUGAGCAGAAGCCCCCUUCUCUACUCACACACCUGUUACCUCCAGUGCUACUGCUUCAUUAUCAUCAAAUCCUACAGCUAGUCAAAGAAUUUCCUGUCAAAACAGGUUUUGAUGGCAAAUGGAGAAUUCAGUGAAGAGAGUUGUGAGAAAUGGCUGUUUUCUCUGUCUCUUCUCUGAGAAAUCAAACUUUUCAGAUCUGAAAAAAGACAUUUCAAUUUGGAAAUGGUGCCUUUUGCCCUGUAUGGGCUGAGGUCCCUGGCCUGACUGCACCUCCCAUGCUGCACUGUCUCCCCUCUUCCAGAGCUGAGACCUUGGUGGCUCUUGGGAGAUGCAGUCCAACCAGGCAGCCUGACCUCUAAUGGUGAAUGGGAACAUGAUGCACCACAGUGACACGUCCAAGGCUGCAGCUUUUGCCCAACAUUGUUAAAUAUUCAAACUUUCUGCCCAAACCAUCACCAUUUCCAGAGCAGGACCCUCCCCCACAUUUUUGAUCAUCUGGUCAAUCACUCAAGAGGACAAUAGCUACCUGGUUUGGGCCCAGGU